UAUUUUUUUUUUGUUUUUUAAUUUAAAUUUACCGAUGCAAUAUUUUAGUCGGAUUUUAAAAGUUUUUGUUUUCUCUCUGAAAUUAAACGUUGAAAUGUUCGACAAAUACAUGAAAUUGUGUUGCGCGAGUUCAUAAAAAAAACGAAACAAAAACUCCGAUUUCGUUAAAAGCGAAUAAGAAACUGACCUAAGAUGGGAUAAAAAAAAGUUAAAUUCUUACAAAUUAAGAAAUUCAUCAGUUUUUUGUUACUAAAAAAAACGAGACCAACAUCCAAAUCGUAAUUGAGAAUUUUAACAUAAAUAUAAAAAACGACAUGUAACGCAACCAUAUAUAAAACCCCAGUGAUUAGUGAUUUUCGUAAAGAAAAAAAGUUUUUUUUUUCAAUCUGAAGAAUUAAAUUAAUUAAAUAAACAAACGAAACAAACAAAUAAAAUUGCUCAAUACAAAACCGCCCAACAACCCGGGCAUUUACACAAAUUAAACAUAAAAAUUAAAUUUAAAACGAAAGGCAAAAAAAAGCUUCCACCAUGCAUCACACAACAAAUUCGGAACCAAACAAUAACACAAUAACAUCACUGACCACACCAAUUACUGAUGCGCUUGAUAUUGAACGAAAUGGUACAAACGAUAGUCGAAUUCUAGUUCAAGACAAAUCGUUCAACAAUAAUGAUAGUCAAGUGAUAAACGUUAGCGGUCUGAAAGGCGUUUACAUACAAAGUGAUAAAUAUAGACCGUUUACGAUUUUCGAUAGUGAUAAUGAAAAAUUUGCUGUGCUGCCUCCUUCCACAACCGGUUCAUUAACUUCAAUCACCACGACGUCAGUAGCAUCAUCUGAACCUGAUCCCGGAUCAGAUAAAGGCGGCGAUGACGGUGGAAAUGAUAAAUUAACGGGCAACGGUACUGCUUCGGAAGAAGCAUGGUGGCAAACAACGAUACAGGUUUCGAUACCAUUUUUAAUUGCCGGUGUCGGAACGAUUGGAGCUGGUAUUAUACUUGGAAUAGUUGAGCAAUGGACCGUAUUCAAUGAAGUUCGGGAAUUAUUCAUACUGGUUCCAGCUCUACUUGGCCUUAAGGGAAAUUUAGACAUGUGCCUAGCCUCGCGUCUAUCAACACAAGCUAAUUUGGGUAAUAUGACGACUCGUCGUGAGGUUCUUAGUAUGGUUGUAGGUAAUAUAGCGCUGGUGCAGGUGCAAGCCAUUGUAGCAUCGUUCAUUGUCGCUAUAUUUGCUAUUACUGUGGGAUCAGCGAUGAACAAUUCUUUUGUGUUGGAGCAUGCGAUUUUGAUGAUUGCGUCAAGUAUGUUUACAGCAACCGUCUCAUGCUUUCUUUUAGACUUUAUAUUAGUGGCUGUGAUAUUAUUAUCUUAUAAGUUUAACCUGAAUCCCGAUAAUCUGGCAACACCACUCGCAGCUUCCAUCGGUGAUGUAGUGUCACUCACCAUGCUAUCAUUUAUCGCAACAAUGUUAUUCCAAAAUUUAGUUUACUAUAGCUGGCUAUCGUUUAUGAUCAUUUCCAUAUACUUUAUCCUGCUACCACUUUGGAUUAUCUGCGUUUUGUAUAAUAAAUACACACGACCGGUGUUGAAAUCUGGAUGGGUUCCCGUACUGUCGGCGCUAUUCAUUAGCGGAAUGGGUGGCUUAGUAUUAGAUCAGGCUGUGGAUGCAUUCACCGGUUUUGUAGUUUUUCAACCAAUUAUCAAUGGAAUUGGUGGUAAUUUGGUGUCGGUGCAAGCAAGUAAAAUGUCAACCUUCUUACAUCAAAGUUCCAUACUUGGCAUCGUGCCCCCGCAUAGUAAGAUAUGUGAAAAUCCAUUCAGAGCAUUGGUUUCUGGAGUUCCUUAUGCAAAGACCGCUAGAAUUCUUAUAUUGAUGUCAAUUCCUGGUCAAAUAAUAUUUAUAUUUGUGGCUGAUGUUAUACACAUGGGUGAAUCGACAAUUGGUGCUCUAUUCGUUUUUGCGUAUUUAUUCGUUAGUUUUAUUCAAAUCUGUCUUCUUUUGUAUAUUGCUCAUGUCCUCAUUCAUGCAAUGUGGAGGUGGAAAGUUGAUCCUGAUAAUUCGGCAAUUCCAUAUCUAACCGCACUGGGCGAUCUGUUCGGCUCAAUGCUGUUGGCACUGGCGUUCCUCUUUCUUCAAGGUGUUGGACACGGUUAUGGUGAACGGGACAUUGAAGAAAUUGGACCAUAAAAUGGUUUACAGGAUAAAAGAAGCCCAACGAAAAAAAAAAAUUGAGAAAGAGAGAGAAAAAGGGAAGAGAAAAAAAUUCAAUUUUUUCUGUCUUUUUAACGAAAGCUUUACUUUUUUACACCUUGUAUGUAGUCGGUAAUUCUGUUUUUUUUUUGUUAAUUUUCGAUUUAUUUUUUUUGUUUUGGUUUUUAAUAAUGUCAUGCCGAAUAUAACUCAAUGUGGCAUGGGAUAUAAAUUUUGUAUAUUUAUCGAAUGAAUGGCAAAGUGUGAUACACAUUUAUUAAGAAUAAAUGAACAAACAAACAAACAUAAAAUUAUACUUAACGUUUAAUAAGAACGCAACGAUUCACUUUUGGAUUUACUUGAAACUGACGACAAUAA